UGCUUUAUCUAAAGUUUCAGAUCACCACCCUAUAAUUAUGCAGACAAAGAAAGCAUGCCGAUCAUCAAUAUCAAAAGACAGACAGUAGACAAGAAAAGAGAAAACUCGAAAUUCUCGAACCCAGACAGACCGCAUAUAUACGAUCAAAGCCCAGAAGCGUCGUCGUCGUCGUCGUCGUUUAGAGAAAGAAGAAGACGAUGUAUCGAUUCAGCAACACGGUGAUAGGGUUCCUAAACCUGUUCACUCUGCUAGCAUCGAUCCCCAUAAUAGGAGCAGGACUGUGGAUGGCGAGGAGCAGUACAACGUGCGAGAACUUCUUACAGACACCACUUCUGGUCAUAGGUUUCGUGGUUCUGGUGAUAUCUCUGGCGGGCUUCAUCGGAGCAUGCUUCCACGUGGCGUGCGCUCUGUGGCUGUACCUGGUGGUGAUGCUGCUUCUGAUAGUGACUCUGAUUGGCCUGACGCUGUUCGGGUUCGCCGUGACGAGCCAGGGCGGCGGUGUGGAGGUUCCCGGCAGGGCCUAUAAGGAGUUCCGGCUGGAGGGUUACUCGCCGUGGCUGAGGAACAGAAUUAAGGACCCCAGGUAUUGGAACACGAUCAGAACAUGUAUUCUGGGUUCCAGGACUUGUGCUAAGCUUGCUUCUUGGACUCCUCUUGAUUAUAUGCAGAGAGAUAUGUCUCCGAUUCAGUCAGGGUGCUGUAAGCCACCAACGGCAUGUAACUACAACGAAGGGGAAGCAAUGAUGGAAAGCGAAGAUGCAGACUGUUACAGGUGGAACAACUCGCCGAGUUUGCUGUGUUACGAGUGCGACUCGUGCAAGGCAGUGCUGGAGAGCAUAAGGAGGGACUGGCACAAAGUGUCUGUGCUGAGCGUGGUCAUGUUAGUGUUGCUCAUCGGCAUCUACUCUAUCGGCUGCUGCGCCUUCCACAACACCCGACGUGCUCUCACCGAUUACCCUUACGGCGAGAAUCGCAUGUCCAAAGUCAAACCCCGUUGGGACUAUUACUGGUGGAGAUGGUGGCAUGCCCGCAAAGAGCAGCUUUAUUAGCACCAACCACACAAACACACCCACAGCCUCUUACCCUCUCUUCUCUCUCUUUCACUAUUAUCUUCUAUGUAAUUUUAUCAUCUACUUCUCUCUACCUUUCUCUUCUUUUUUAAGUACAUUAACUUAUGAGGGACUUGGAGUUUUUAAUAUAUCUCCUUCUAUAUGA